AUGUUACGGCUCGUCGCAAGAAAAUGUUUGAAUUCAGUAUGGAAGAGCAAUCACUUUGUGACAUCCAAGAGGCAAGUGAACCCUUUCCUACGGGUUAACAGGGUCAGACUUGACCAAACAACCCUGCUUGCUCGCCACUUCAGUGAGGAGAGCUCUGUAAGGAAAGAUGCACUUCAAACGGAGGCAGAUGAAAGAGAGGGAAAAGAAAUGUUCGAUCUGGACGGAUGGAAGUCAAUCAUGAGAUCCCAAGCUAGAUUCCCGGAACAACAAGUUAGCAACGAAGUGACGGGAAGUGAUGAAGAAGAAGACAUGAAAGAAACAGGCGGCGAUUCAAAAGAAAGUUCUUCACUUGAAGCAACACGUGAACUAGUUUUAAUGUGGCGGCAAGCAGGGAAACUGGUUCCGCAAGAGAUGACAGAGGAGGAGGUUCAGACGUUGGCAAACCUAGCCACCAAGUCAGCCAGGAAAAAGUACCUGAAGUUUCUGGCUAUCAAAGAGGGCCACAAACGGUCCCGCAAGGAGAAGCAGCAGAAGAGGCGGGCUGAAAGGGAGGCCUCACUGAUGGAGCAGAGGGGACUGGACAGCACGGAGGAGGAUUGGGAUGAUCGUAAAGGAAACAAAUUAAAAAACACUCCGUUUCUCCAGUUUUGGGACCGUACUCAGGACAAGCUGCUGGCCUGGAGAAGCGCCCAGGCCAUGGUGUUCGGUCAGCCACUUGUAUUUGACAUGAGCUACGACUCCAACAUGACCAAGCGAGAGAUCGACAACACAGUGUCCCAGCUGCUGGAGGUGGAGGGCUGGAACCGGCGUGCCACCGAGCCCUUCCACCUCCACUUUUGCAACCUUCAGCCCGACGGGCCCUACAAGCAGGAACUUCUCAAACGCUACGGCGCAGAGACCUGGGAGCGCCUUUUCGUCACCGACUCGGACCGCCAGCAUGUUGACCUUUUCCCCAGGGAACAGCUGGUCUAUCUCACCGCAGACUCCCCCAACGUCCUCCGCACCUUUGACCACUCUAAGGUCUACAUCAUCGGAGCUCUGGUGGACCGUUCCAUCCAGUCAGGUUUGUCACUGGCCAACGCCAAACGUCUGAAACUCGCCACCGCCCGUUUACCACUGGACGAGUAUCUUCACUGGGAUGUGGGAGCCAAAAAUCUGACUCUGGACCAGAUGAUCCGCAUCAUGCUCACCAUUAAGGAUACCGGGAAAUGGGAGGAGGCGCUACAGUUUGUGCCGAAGAGGAAGCAUGAUGGCUUCCACCAACAGCUGAAACGAACGGAGAGUGCAACUGACAAAACCAGAGGCCAUGCGCAUCAUGGAAGAUCGGCCCAGGACGGUUAUGGGUCGUCGAGGUCUGGAGAAAGAAUCACUGAACGGACAUUUAAGAGCGAGAGUCUUCACAAACCCAGCAGAGAGUCUGGCUUUAGCGGCAGAGACAGAGUGUCUAUGCAGGCGAGUACGAGAGAAAAAGCAGCCACAACCAAAGUACGGACGUCAUUUAAAAACAACAUUGAAGCAAGGAAAAAUUCAGGCAAACAGAAGAUGUGGUGGUGUGAUGACUGA